AUGUUCCGACAGGUAAUGGUGGAUUCCAGGCAUCGAAAAUGGCAACAGAUCCUUUGGAGGAAGUGCCCUAAUGAACUCUUGCGUACCUAUCAACUUAACACAGUGACGUACGAUAUGGCAAGCAGUCCUUUUAAUGCUAUUAGGUCAUUGAGACAGUGUGAAUACGAUAAUUCGAAAGUGAUCGCUGACGUCAGCCGGGCAGCCGCCGCACGUGACAGCAUCCAUCAUAGCUUUUAUGUUGAUGAUUAUUUGGAAAGUGUCCACACGACAGAACUGGCCAUCAACCGUAAAUUUGAGUUAGAUAAAUGGAAUUCCAACUGCGUUCAAACUAUGGAAGGAAUCAGUGGCUCUAAGGCGUCAGCAUCGGAGAGAAAUUAUAGCGAUUCCAGCACAACGGUAUUGGGCCUUCACUGGAAUCCUAUUUCUGAUACGUUAUUCUUCAAGGUAAAGGAAUGCUAA